AUGGCUACCAAAGAAGAUAUCAACCAGGAGGUGCCGGUGCAUGAUGAUGAGAAAUAUGUUGGCGAGAAGGAGGCUACAACUCAUCUAGAUGUGCAAAACAGUACUGCAGCAAAAAUCAAGAACCCUCUGGCUCAUCUGUCGAAUGAAGAGGUGACCAAGAAUGUGGAAGACUUCGCCAAGGAUAAUGAUUUUAAUGACAUGUCGCCUCUCCUUGUGAGAGGUGCCCUUGUCGCCAAAGACCCUCCGGCUUUUGAAUCGGUUCCUGGGCUUACUGAGCCUGAGAAAGAAGCCAUCCGAAAUGAAGUUUUACACAAGUGGCGUCAACCAAAAUCGUUAUACUUCACCAUCAUUCUUUGCUCCGUCGGCGCUGCCGUUCAAGGCUGGGAUCAGACUGGCUCAAAUGGCGCAAAUUUAUCGUUUCCUGAUGCCUUGGGGAUACCCAUCAGUGAUGACAUUAACGGCGUGCCAAAUCCAAACGCAGCUCGGAAUCAAUGGUACCAGGGAUUGAUCAACGCAGGUCCAUAUAUUGCAUCCGCUUUCCUUGGCUGUUGGUGCUCCGACCCUUUGAACAACUAUUUCGGACGUCGUGGGACGAUUUUUGUCUCUGCAGUGUUUUGUCUCCUCGCGCCUAUCGGUAGUGCUGUCGCUCAAACUUGGGAGCAACUCCUGGUCACCCGUCUCUUGCUCGGGAUUGGAAUGGGAUGUAAAGGCUCCACUGUACCAAUUUUCAGUGCCGAGAAUGCGCCAGCAGCUGUACGUGGAGGACUAGUCAUGAGUUGGCAGAUGUGGACAGCCUUUGGGAUUUUCUUGGGCACAUGUGCCAACUUAGCAGUCAAAGAUACAGGGGCCAUUUCCUGGCGGCUUCAAUUCGGAUCUGCCUUGAUUCCAGCGCUGCCGCUUCUUGUCGGAAUAUACUUCUGUCCAGAAUCCCCCCGCUGGUACAUCAAGAAGGGUUAUUACCGCAAGGCCUUCCAGUCGCUCAAGCGUCUUCGAAACACCGAACUUCAAGCGGCCCGUGACUUGUACUAUAUCUACGCUCAACUUCAGAUGGAAGCAACCUUAGUUUCGAGGCAGACCACCUAUGUUACUCGGUUCAUCCAACUUUUCACCAUCCCUCGUGUCCGUCGGGCGACUCUGGCAUCCUUCACUGUCAUGAUUGCUCAGCAAAUGUGUGGAAUCAAUAUUAUCGCCUUUUACAGUUCGACAGUAUUCGAGCAGGCUGGUGCAUCUGUCACAGAAUCGCUUUUAGCAUCAUGGGGGUUCGGUCUUGUCAAUUUCGUUUUCGCUUGGCCUGCCAUCUGGACCAUUGACACCUUUGGCCGACGAUCUCUACUUCUGUUUACUUUCCCGCAAAUGGCAUGGACGCUUUUAGCAGCUGGUCUUUGCUAUCUCAUUCCCGAAGGCAACAAAGCACAUCUGGGCCUUGUAGCUCUUUUCAUCUACCUAUUCGCCGCUUUCUACUCGCCAGGUGAAGGCCCUGUGCCUUUCACGUAUUCCGCUGAGGUGUUCCCACUGUCGCAUCGUGAAGUUGGUAUGGCGUGGGCAGUGGCGACAUGCCUCUUCUGGGCAGCUGUACUUUCCAUUACCUUCCCACGUAUGCUUUCAGCCAUGACUCCGACUGGUGCGUUUGGCUUCUACGCCGGGUUGAACAUUAUUGCUCUUAUCAUGAUCUUCUUGUUCCUCCCAGAAACCAAGCAGCGUACCCUGGAGGAGCUUGACUACAUCUUUGCGAUUCCCACACGUACAUUCAUGCGCCAUCAAGUUGGAACAGUUCUCCCAUGGUGGAUCAAAACAACAAUCUUCCGCCGCAAGAUCGGUCCUUGCCCUUCGUUAUGGUCGUUUGACGGGCACGUCGAUAACGACAAGGAAUUCGUUGAGACGAUUCGCCGCCAGAGUCAGGCUGUUCAGGGCGCGCGUCGCACCAGCGUUGUUGGCAAGAUCGCCAAUCGCUUCUGA